CCCUCCCCGGUUUUCCAGCAGCCGCCGCGCGCUGCUCCCUCGUUUCACCCCUCCCCCUCAUCUUGGCGGCGCUAUUCGGUCUUCGCAGGGCCCUUUGCCGGCGACGAGCACCCAGCAGGUAAGGUCAUUAUGGUUAGAGUCAGUGUUCUCAAUGAUGCUCUGAAGAGCAUGUAUAAUGCUGAGAAGCGUGGGAAGCGGCAAGUCAUGAUUAGGCCGUCAUCCAAGGUCAUUAUCAAGUUUCUUAUGGUCAUGCAGAAGCAUGGCUACAUUGGUGAGUUUGAGUAUGUGGAUGAUCACAGGGCAGGAAAAAUUGUGGUUGAACUGAAUGGCAGGCUGAACAAGUGUGGUGUCAUCAGUCCUCGCUUUGAUGUUGGAGUGAAGGAAAUUGAGGGAUGGACAGCCAGGCUACUCCCGUCUCGUCAGUUUGGUUACAUUGUUCUGACUACAUCUGCUGGCAUCAUGGACCAUGAGGAAGCCAGGCGAAAGAAUGUUGGUGGCAAAGUUCUCGGUUUCUUCUACUAAAAUGGAAAUUUUGCAAGGAGCAUCAGUUUUUUUGUCUGAAUAGCUGCAGAGAUGAGCUUAUGAAGCAUGUUUGCUGUUUUGUUAAUGUUUUGGCUUUUAUGAUAUUUGAGGUGUAGUUGAAUGUUCGCUUGUUAGACACCAAACUGUGCUCAACUUAUAUAGUUGGCAUCUGGAUUUUAAUCGAAUUAAGCUAUGGUACUUUCUCGUUGUGUUGACUA